CGGUCCCGCCAGAUGGGCGGUUAGGAGGGGACGGAGCAGCUGCGGGGACCUUCCCUAGGGCGGCGAGGCCGCCGAGGGCGCGGGGGUGGAGGCCCGCGGCGCUAUGGCUCACGUCAGCUCUCGCAAGCGCUCCAAGAGCCGAAGCCGGUCCCGGGGCCGAGGGUCGGAAAAGAGAAGGAAGAAGAGCAGUAAGGACGCUCCGAGGAGCUCCUCGGCUUCUAGAUCCCAAGACCACAAGGCCAGCAACACCAGCUCUGGGGCGGAGGCCUCACCUUCUCCCUGCGUCACAGAGAGAAGCAAGCCCAAGGCCCGGAGGAGACCACGAAGCAGCUCCUCCUCCUCUUCUUCCAGUUCUUCCAGCUCGUCUUCCCCCUCGUCCUCCUCUUCCUCCAGUGGCGGCCGGAAGAAGCGGGGGAAGCACAGGGACAAGAAGAGGAAGAAGAAGAGGAGGAAAAGGAAGAAGAAGCUGAAGAAGAAAGGCAAGGAGAAGGCAAAGCCGCAGCAGGCUGAGGCUCUGCCGGGCCCCUCGCUGGACCAGUGGCACAGGUCGGCUGAGCACGGAGAGGAUGGCCCAGUCCUGACAGAUGAGCAGAAGUCCCGCAUCCAGGCCAUGAAGCCCAUGACCAAGGAGGAGUGGGAUGCUCGGCAGAGCAUCAUCCGCAAGGUGGUGGACCCGGAGACAGGACGCACCAGGCUCAUUAAGGGAGAUGGCGAGGUCUUAGAGGAAAUCGUGACUAAGGAGCGACACAGAGAGAUCAACAAGCAAGCCACCCGAGGGGAUGGCCUGGCCUUCCAGAUGCGAGCUGGGCUGCUACCCUGAGGGCCCUGCUGGCUAAGUGUUGGUGGAUGGCCUGGAGGCUGGCUUCGGGGUGGGCAGCAGGAAGCCCAGUGGGUGUUUGUCUUUCCUCCUGUGGACUGGCCUCUGGCCCAGCCUCCUUUCAGACGCAGGGGGUAGAGGAUAGGGUCACUGGCCUAAUCAGCUCUCCCAUCUCCUGAAAGAGCCUAACUUCCCAAAUAUUAAAUGUUCCACGGUCGGAAA